UUACCAAUAUGCAAGCCAAUAUGAAACGAUUUUUCAAACCAAUUUCUGGUUCAACGUCCAACACCAAUGUCGAUGAUUUGCCAUGGGAUCCUGCUGAGAGGAAAGAGAUAAUGAGUUAUCAUCCGAAUGAAAGAGACGAGAUAAGACGCAGAUAUCUUGUUAGAGGUCCAUGUCAACCUUAUGAUCAUCCUUUUAAAAAAACAAAGAUGAGUAAUGCAAUGAGGCGAUUUAAUCCAGCUUGGUUUGAGAAGUAUGGUACUUGGCUAGAGUAUAGUGUAUCAACAGAGAGAGCUUUUUGUUUGUGUUGCUACUUAUUUAAAGAUGAUGUACGAAAGAAAGGUGGGAAUGAUGCGUUUGUGAAAGAAGGGUUUUGUACUUGGAAUAAGCCUGACAGGUUAGACACUCAUAUGGGUAAAUCAUCCAACAGUUCUCAUUGUUGUGCUGCUGAAAAGUGUGAUAACUUGAUGAAGCAAGGUCAGUCUAUUGUGCAUGCCUUGUUUAAGCAAGACGAUUUGGUGAAGAAGGAGUAUCGCAUUCGUUUAAAUGCUUCAAUUGAUGUUUCCAGAUAUUUGUUGCGACAAGGAUUGUCUUUUCGUGGUCACGAUGAGUCAGAAGAAUCUGCCAAUAGAGGAAAUUUCUUGCAACUCGUGAAAUACACAGGAGAACAAAAUGAUGCUAUAAGUAAGGUUAUUUUGAAUAAGGCUCCAAAAAAUAACCAGAUGAUUUCUCCAAAGAUUCAGAAAGAGAUCGUGAAUUGUUUUGCAGAAGAAGUAGUGAAGUCAAUUAUUGAAGAAAUUGAUUAUGGUGUGUUUGGUCUGUUAGUUGAUGAGUCUGCAGAUAUAUCUCACAAAGAACAAAUGGCUGUUGUAUUCCGAUUUGUUGAUAAGAGCGGAGCAGUGAAAGAAAGGUUUAUUGGAGUUGUUCAUGUAAAAGAAACGUCAUCUGCAUCUUUGAAGUCUGCUAUUGAUAAUUUGUUUGCUAAAUACGGGUUGAGCCUGAAAAGGCUGCGAGGGCAAGGCUAUGAUGGAGCAAGCAACAUGAAGGGGGAAUUUAAUGGCUUGAGAGCAUUGGUUGUUAGAGAAAAUAAUGCUGCUUAUUAUGUUCAUUGCUUUGCUCAUCAACUCCAGUUGGUGGUGGUUGCUAUCGCUAAAAAACACUUUGAGGAAGGAAUUAGUAGAGGUGAGAUUAACACUGGUACAAGAUUGAAUCAAGAAAUUUCGCUUCAAAGACCUGGACAUACUCAAUGGGGUUCUCAUCAGAAAACAUUGGAACAAUUAGUUGAGUUGUUUUCUACUAUCAUUGAGGUUCUUGAGUAUAUCCAAAAUGAAGGCGUUGAAGACUCCAAAAAACGUCAAGCCUAUGGUCUUCUCAAGUACUUUCACACUUUUGAUUGUGUGUUCUACAUGCAACUAAUGCUACUUAUUUUGGGAUUAACUGAGAAUUUGUCAAUGGCUUUGCAAAGGAAAGAUCAAGAUAUUUUGAAUGCCAUGUCAUUGGUGGAAUCUACUAAGGGAGAAUUGCAAAAGCUUAGGGAUAAUGGAUGGGAUUCACUUAUGAAUAAAGUUUCAUCUUUUUGCGAGAAACAUAAUGCUGAAAUGCUUGUCAUGGAAGACGUCUUUGUUGAUCCAAGGAAACCAAGAAGGAAAACCAAUAUAACCAACUUGCAUCAUUAUAAGGUUAACUGCUUCUACACUAUUCUAGACUUACAGCUUCAGGAGUUCAAUGAUCGUUUUACGGAGGUAAACACUGAUCUACUUAUAUGUAUGGCUUCUUUAAGUCCUCUUGAUUCAUUUUGCGAGUUUGACAAGGAAAAGUUGGUGAAGUUGGUUAAGUUUUAUCCAGAUGACUUUAGUUAUGGGGAGACUUUGUGUCUUGAGCAGCAUCUUGAUAUCUACAUUGACAAUGUACGCAGAGAUGAAAGAUUUAAAAACUUGAAAAGUCUUGGAGAUCUUUCUUGUUUAAUGGUAAAAACCCAAAAGCAUCUUGCACAUCCUUUGGUUUACAGGCUUUUGAAGUUGGUCUUAACUUUACCAGUUGCAACAGCAAGUGUUGAGAGAUGUUUUUCGGCAAUGAAAUUGGUGAAGACGACUACACGCAAUAGAAUUGGAGACCAGUUUCUAAGUGAUUGUCUUGUUUGCUAUAUUGAAAAAGAGUUACUUGAUUCUGUCACAAAUGAAAAAGUGAUAGAAAGGUUUCAGAUGUUGAAUGAGCGUAGGGUAGUUUUAUAA